AUGGACCAUGAAAGCUUGCGGACCGCUUCCACAUAUCUGAAUAACCUUUUGCUCGCCCGUGGUUUGCUGCGCAACGGUGAUGCCAUCGACUUCGUCAAACCCUCCAAGGAAUCCCGCGCUUCCAUCAUCAACCUCGUCCACGAUCUGAUACUACGCGAGGACCGCGACAAGGAGAGCCGCGAACAUGUCGCCUUUACAGUGCGACAAUUACGCGCCGAAGAUGCCCGCAAGGCACAGGAGAUUGAGCAUCUGCAGGCCAAGAACGAGCAAACGUCGAGAAGCGCAGCACAGGCGCAACAAGCUCAGCGCGUCGCCAAUGCAGAGGUCAAGAGGGUGGAACAAGCCAUGAAGGUGUUGCAAGAACAGGCUGCCAAGCUCAAGACCACUCUCGCCCAAGUCAAGACGCAGUGCGCGAACGAUGUCAAGAAGAGAGAUUUGGAGCUGCAACGGCUCAAGACGCAUCUGCAAGGCCAGCAGAGGGGCACGAGAGUGGGCAUGACAGCACCUUCAAUGACUGUGCGGAAGACGAUACAGGAGCCUGUGCAGGAUGUCAACGAUCCGGCUUAUUCCUUGAAGCAGGAGACAACGGAGUUCUUGACACAACUCAGUCAGGGCUUGAGUGAUGAGAACGAUGGCUUGAUCAGUCUGGUGAGAAGUGCACUGGGUACCAUGCAUGAGCUGCUCGGCAUCCAGCACAACGCCCAGAGGCAAGUUGACAGCGCCAUUGGGAGUUUGGGAAGCGAACUGGCUGGCAAGUCUAAGAGUCGGAGUGCUGGGAACAGUCUACUAUACCCAGCACCGGAGACGAGCUAUGAGGUGCUGGCUGCAGAUCUGGAAGGUACGCUGGAGCAUCUCAAGGAGAUAUUGACGAAUCCCAAUUUCGUCAGCCUGGAAGAGUUCGAGAAGGAAGUAGAGACCCGCAAUGAGGAGAUCGAAAGUCUCCGAGAAGGUUGGGAGCACAUGGAACAGCGUUGGCGAGAAGUGCUAGGCAUGAUGCAAGGCUGGGUCAAGCGCAUGCAUACUGGAGACACCAUUAACAUUGAUGAUCUUCGAAAAGGCAUG